CUAUCAUAAAUGAAACUUGUCGAUAGCGCAUAAAAGAAAUUGCGUAUCGAUUCCGAAGGAUCACCUUAUUAUUUUGCAUUUACACUAAUUAAAUGAAUAGUGAUAUUGAUUAGAUAACAGACAUUAUAAAAGAACUUGUGUUUUCGCUUCUUUCCUCCCUCUCCUAUAAUUUAACAUAAUGCAGAUAUUUGAUUUACCUUACGAAGUGUUGACUUUGAUUAUUGCCAACUUAAGUACAAUUGACAUAGAGUCGUUUGUUCAAUCCAAUAUUUUUCUAUACCAACGAGCCUGUCAAGACAGCUUUUGGUCUGAUAUUUGUCGCAUACAUGGCAUUCAUUAUUGUGCUCCUGAUACAACUUGGAAAGCUCUUUAUAGCUCUGGUACAUUGGACAAAAUGUGUUCUCAUUUGGACUAUUCUAUCUUACAAUCUGUGCAAAAAAAGAAACGGUUGCUCUGGACACAUCUUCAAUCAGCAAAUAACCAUGUAAUGUGCUUACACCCAUCUUGCGAUUUCUAUGGAAGUUCCGAUACUUGCCAUGAACACUAUGGUCAAACAAAGCAUGCUCUUGUACUAAAAUUAACCAGGUUACACACUUUGGACAUAUGGUGCAACUCUUGUCGUAAAACAAUUGGACUUGAUGCGUUUUCUGACAAGGACAGACCGGGACUGAGAUCAGAAAAGUAUAUCAUGAACCGCUUUGUGGAGGACUUGACGAUGAUUUCAAGCACGGAUUCUACAGAUUUACGUACAUUGGUCAUUCGUGGUCGUCAGUUUGUCGAAUCACAUUUACUCCGUUAUCAAUCAAGUCAGCCAACACCGCAUAUCAUUGAAAGGAAUUGGUUUUGUUCUUGGUUGGAUUUCAUUUCUGGAAAAACGUCUCAAUCGCCUGGUCCACUGACAAAUGAUAAGCUUUUAAGAUUAGAUGGCACUUUAGAUCCAACACUUUGUUUGGGACAAGAUUUUGAAUUGAUUGCAAACAUAACACGCUGGUAUAUAGAACGCAUUUAUGGUUUACAUAAAGACAGUCGAAUACUAUCGAUAGAAAAAAUAGAGCAUGAACCAGAAUAUUGUAGACUCGUUCAUAAAGUUAGACUUAGACAGCAAAUGUUUCAUUCUGCAUCAUACCCUUUACAGUUCUUUUAAGCUUUUUUGUUCAAAAUAAAACUAAAUAUUUAUGAUACCCA